AUGGCUUCUGACAAAGGUCCUUCAGCUGGUGAUCCCACCUUGAGGAGGAGAAUUGAACCCUGGGAAUUUGAAGCAUCCUUUGACCCCAGAGAACUCUGUAAAGAGGCCUGUCUGCUCUAUGAAGUCCAGUGGGGCACGAGUCACAAGGUCUGGCGAAACUCAAGCAAAAACACCACCAUGCACGUUGAAGUCAAUUUUAUAGAAAAAUUCACUUCAGAAAGACGAUUUUGCUCACCCGUCAGCUGCUCCAUCAUCUGGUUCUUGUCCUGGAGUCCCUGUUGGGAAUGCUCCAAAGUUAUUAGAGAAUUUUUGCAUCAACGACCUAGUGUGACUUUAGUUAUUUAUGUAGCACGGCUUUAUUACCACAUGGAUCAACAAAACCGACAAGGACUCAGGGACCUCAUUAAUAGUGGUGUGACUAUCAGGAUUAUGAGAGCCCCAGAGCAUGAUUACUGCUGGAGGAAUUUUGUCAACUACCCACCUGGGAAAGACGCUCACUGGCCAAGAUACCCCCCUCUGUGGAUGGAACUUUAUGGACUGGAACUUUACUGCAUAAUUUUAAAUCUCCCUCCCUGUUUAAUGAUUUCAAGAAGAUGUCAAAAACAGCUUACAUUGUUCAGACUGAGUCUUCAAAAUUGCCAUUACCAAAUGAUUCCACCCCCUAUCCUUUUAGCUGCAGGGGUGAUACAACUUCCUGUGAUUUGGAGAUGA